UCCAAAUCCCAUUGAGCUAGUGUCUCCUAGAGUCAAUUUACAAUUCAUUGUAGACGUUGUUAGACAGUUUAAAUAGUAAGUCAUUUUUAUAUCGGAAAACUUUUCAUUCACGACCGUGCCACUUUGCCUAAAGAGUAACGUAGGCUAACAUGACAACUAUCCUGUUAGCUCAUAGCGUUGUUAAAUCUCUGAGACAAGGAUGCAUUGUUGGCAGAAGAGUGGGAAACACUUCGGGAUGGCUGAGACUUCAAACAGCUAAACUUUUUAGUAUGAAGGCCCAGACAGCCCACCUGGUCUUGGAGGAUGGCACCAGGAUGAAAGGAUUUUCCUUUGGGCAUGAUACCUCUGUAGCCGGGGAACUCGUCUUCAAUACUGGCCUAGUGGGGUAUCCUGAGGCCCUGACUGACCCCAGCUACAGAGGUCAGAUCCUGACCCUCACCUACCCUAUAGUGGGAAACUAUGGGGUACCCAACAGCCAGGAACUGGAUGAGCUUGGCCUGAGGAAACAUUUGGAGUCAGAGCGCAUCCAGGUAUCUGGUCUUCUUGUUCAAGACUACAGUUACGAGUACAGCCACUGGAACUCUGUCAAGUCUUUGGCACAAUGGCUGCAAGAAGAGAAGGUCCCUGCACUGUUUGGAAUAGACACCCGAAUGCUGACCAAGAUAAUCAGAGAUAAGGGCACAGCUUUGGCGAAAAUAGAAUUUGAUGGGCAGCCUGUGGAGAUAUCUAACCCCAACCAGAGGAACCUGGUAGCAGAGGUCUCAACCAAGGAAACAAAGAUCUUUGGAAAAGGAAACCCAAUUAAAGUGGUGGCGGUUGAUUGCGGUAUUAAACAUAACAUCAUUCGCCUGUUGGUCAAGAGGGGUGCAGAGGUCCACCUCGUCCCGUGGGAUCAGGACUUGAUGAGUCUGGACUACGACGGGCUUUUCAUCUCCAAUGGACCAGGAAAUCCGUCGCUGGCCAACACACUCAUUAACAACGUCCGCAAGGUGCUGGAGAGCGAUCGUCCACAGCCAGUGUUCGGGAUCUGUAUGGGCAACCAGAUCACAGCUCUGGCUGCCGGAGCUCAGUCAUACAAGCUUCCAAUGGGCAACAGAGGCCAGAACCAGCCGGUGCUGAAUGUGAGGACGGGUCAGGCCUUCAUCACGGCGCAGAACCACGGCUACGGCAUAGACAGCCACUCGCUGCCCCCAGGGUGGAGCCCGCUUUUUGUCAACGCCAAUGAUGGCACCAAUGAGGGCAUUAUGCACAACACUAAGCCUGUUUUCACGGCCCAGUUUCAUCCCGAGGCAAAAGGCGGUCCCACCGACACAGAGUUCCUCUUUGAUUCCUUCAUCUCCCUGAUCAAGAAAGGAAAAGAUGCCACUGUAAUGUCUGUCAUGCCUGCGAAACCUUACAUACCGCCCAGAGCUAAGGUGUCAAAGGUGCUGAUACUGGGCUCCGGUGGUCUGUCUAUCGGUCAGGCUGGAGAGUUUGACUACUCUGGGUCUCAGGCCAUCAAGGCCAUGAAGGAGGAAAACCUGAAGACGGUGCUCAUGAACCCAAACAUAGCCUCGGUCCAGACCAACGAAGUGGGCAUCAAGCAGGCCGACUCAGUCUACUUCCUGCCCGUCACGCCACAGUUUGUAACUGAAGUCAUCAAGGCCGAGCGUCCAGACGGCAUCCUGCUCUCCAUGGGGGGGCAGACUGCACUCAACUGUGGAGUUGAAUUAUUCCAGAGUGGUGUCCUGAAGAAGUACGGUGUGAAGGUCCUAGGAACCCCGGUUGAGUCCAUCAUGGCCACAGAGGACAGGCAGCUUUUCUCAGACAAACUGAAGGAGAUUAAUGAAAAGAUUGCCCCCAGUUUCGCUGUGGAGUCGGUGUCUGAAGCGUUGAAAGCAGCAGAGAAGAUUGGCUACCCGGUGAUGCUGCGAUCGGCCUAUGCCCUUGGGGGUCUGGGCUCUGGUCUGUGUGCCAACAAAGAGAUGCUUGAGGAAACUGCCAACAAGGCUCUGGCCAUGAGCAGUCAGAUCCUGGUGGAGAAGUCUCUGAGGGGCUGGAAGGAGGUGGAGUAUGAGGUGGUGAGAGACGUGGCUGAUAACUGCGUCACCGUCUGCAACAUGGAGAACUUCGACCCGCUGGGCAUCCACACAGGUGACUCCAUAGUAGUGGCACCGAGCCAGACACUAUCCAACGAGGAGUACCACAUGCUCCGUGAAACGGCCAUUAAAGUCGUCCGUCACCUUGGUAUUAUCGGCGAGUGCAACAUCCAGUACGCCCUCCACCCCUCCUCUCUGGAGUACUGCAUCAUCGAGGUCAACGCCCGGCUCUCCAGGAGCUCUGCUUUGGCAUCCAAAGCCACCGGGUAUCCCUUGGCAUUUGUUGCUGCUAAGCUGGCUUUGGGUAUCCCUCUACCGGAGAUCAAGAACGCUGUAUCGCAGAACACCACGGCGUGUUUUGAACCCAGUCUGGACUACAUCGUCACCAAGAUCCCCCGCUGGGACCUGGACCGCUUUCAGGGCAUGUCCCAUGAAAUAGGCAGCGCCAUGAAGAGUGUCGGAGAGGUGAUGGCGGUUGGCCGGACUUUUGAGGAGAGUAUGCAGAAGGCCCUGAGGAUGUGUCAUCCAUCAGUGGAUGGCUUUGUGCCCCGACUCCCACACAAGAAAGCCUGGGCCGACAACCAGGACCUGCAGCAGGAACUGUCUGUGCCCUCCAUCACCCGCAUCUUCUCCCUCGCCAAGGCCCUCCACAGUGGUAUGAGUGUUGAUGAGAUCCACCAGCUGACGGCCAUAGACAAGUGGUUCCUCCACAAACUCUACAGGAUCACACAGCUGGAGCAGCACCUGGCAAACUACAACAGUGCGACAAUAUCCAAGGAGCUGCUGCUGAAGGCCAAACAGGACGGCUUCUCCGACCAGCAGCUCGGUCAGGCGCUGGGCUGCAGUGAGCGAGCAGCCCGGGAGCUGCGGCUGGCUCACAACAUCCGACCCUGGGUCAAACAGAUUGACACCUUGGCUGCAGAGUAUCCAGCCAUGACCAACUACCUGUAUUGUACCUACAAUGGCCAGGAAAAUGAUCUGGACUUUAAAGACCAGGGAAUCAUGGUUCUUGGUUGUGGGCCCUAUCACAUUGGGAGCAGUGUUGAGUUUGACUGGUGCGCGGUGUCCAGCAUCAGAGCUCUGAGGGAGAUGGGGAAGAAAACAGUGGUGGUCAACCACAACCCUGAGACGGUCAGCACCGACUUCGACGAGUGUGACCGCCUCUACUUUGAGGAGCUGAGCCUGGAACGCAUCCUGGACAUCACCGAACAGGAGGUUAGGACACACGUGGGCGGCGUAGCCAACGCAGGCGACGUAGCGGACGUAAAAGUCGUGACGCCUUUG